AACACUUUCGAUAUUCUUAUUAGAAACCAAAAACAAAAAUUACCAACGAACAAGAAACCACAGAGAAGAGCUUUAAAUCUUAACAGCAAUGCUUCACUUACAAUUACACCAUCAUUCCCUCCCCAAUUAUCACCGAAUCUCUCACAACCCAUUUCCAAUUUGUACUCCAAAAUCAGCUACCCAUGUCCAUUUUCCACAAAAAAAGUCUCUGAUUAACACCAUAAAAUGUAUGGCUAAUCCCAAGAGAGUAAAAAUGGUGGCCAAGCAGAUACAGAGAGAGCUUUCUGAUAUGCUUUUAACUGAUAAAGUAUUACAGUAUGCUAUUUUGCCUGAGGCUGCUUUGGGUGCUGAUAAAUAUUUGUCUUCACUCACUACCAUCAGUGAUGUUGAAGUUUCUGGUGAUUUGCAGGUUGUUAAAGUGUAUGUGUCUGUUUUUGGAGAUGAUAGAGGAAAAGAGGUUGCGCUUGCGGGGUUAAAGGCGAAAGCUAAGUAUGUUAGGAGCAAAUUAGGGAGGCGUAAGAAGUUGCUAUUGACUCCUGAGAUACGGUUUGUAGAAGAUGAAUCUUUUGAGAGAGGAAGUAGGGUAAUUGCGAUAUUAGAUAAACUUAAAGCCGGGAAAGAGGAUGACUUGAGCGAAGAUGAGCUUUCGGACUCAUCUGAUUCACCUCAAGAUGAUAGAGAUUGGGAAGGUGAUGACCCUGAUAAAGAGAUUAUUUAUGUAAAUUAGAUGCUCAUGCAAGUGCCUGACUUUACCGAUUUCGUAGUUUAGGCAUAGACAAGCUUCCUAUAAGCCUUGCAGUGGGAUGGAUGAGAAUGCUGUGGGCACCUGUAGAUGCAUCCUUUGCUGAUGAUGCACCUCUUUUUUACCUUCUGGCUUUCGUAUUAUUUCCCUUGAUUCUCCAAAGGUAAGCUGAGUUUGGUUACAUUGAUUUUCUAUUCCAUACCUUUUUUGGAGCAUCAUAUCAUCUGUUCAGCGAGUUGCAUUAGCACUAACUCCUCCUAAUUUGGGGUCUCAUGCUGGACUUCGAACACCACUUUGCACUCCGGAGGAAGAGAUACUUGCUCGUUGGAUCUGCCAGAAUUAUAGGUAUGCUGCAUGCACUUGCCGCCAAUUUGUGUGGCUUUAUAUGUGCUACAUGGGUGUAGAUUUACUCAAAACUAGCAGUGAAGGAGGCGAAUCCGUCCUCAAAACUCCAUGGCAUAACUCUGAUGCUAUCAUGUGCUGCUCUCUAAAGGCAUUGCCGGUCUUCACUUUUGCAAACCAAGCGGGACUUGACAUGUUGGAGACGACUUUAGUUGCUUUGCAAGAGAUUACUUUGGAGAAGAUAUUUGAUGAUCAUGGACGGAAGACUCUUUGCUCUGAAUUUCCACAGAUUAUGCAACAGGUUUAGAAUAUUGUUCUGCUGUGAUUGCUAGUUCAGUACGUCAAUAGGUUUAGCAGCCAGGCAGCAUGCCAUCGUCCUUUAAGACUCUCGUAAUAGAAUUCAUUCCCACUCUCUGAAGAAGAAGAAUGCUGCAUGGAGAAAAAGGAUAUUUGGACACGUACUUGGAAAAAUGGGAUAGUUUCAUUUCUAUGAUAAAACUGAAGCUUGGUGUUUAGUGUUCCACAUGUUUAUCAAAUAUAAAAUGUUGAUUUAA